AGGAAGGCGGGGCGGGGCUUGUGGGGGCGGGGCCUGUCGGCGGCGCGCGCGGCGGCCAUGGGGCUGCUGACGAUCCUGAAGAAGAUGCGGGAGAAGGAGCGGGAGCUGCGGCUGCUCGUGCUCGGAUUGGACAACGCGGGGAAGACGACGCUGCUGAAGCGGUUCAAUGGGGAGGACGUGACCGGGACCGCCCCCACCCUGGGCUUCAACAUCAAGACCCUCGAGCAUCGCGGCUUCAAGCUGAACGUGUGGGACGUGGGGGGCCAGAGCUCGCUCCGCUCCUAUUGGCGCAACUACUUCGAGAGCACGGACGGGCUGGUCUGGGUGGUGGACAGCGGCGACCGGCAGCGCCUGCAGCUCUGCGCCCACGAGCUGCGCGGGCUCCUGCGCGAGGAGCGCUUGGCCGGGGCCACCCUCCUCGUCUUCGCCAACAAGCAGGACCUGCCCGGGGCGCUCCCGGCCAGCGCCAUCCGCGAGGCCCUGGAGCUGGACUCCAUCCGCAGCCACCACUGGUGCAUCCAGGGCUGCUCGGCCUUCACCGGCCACAACCUCCUGCCCGGCAUCGACUGGCUGCUGGACGACAUCGCCAGCCGGGUCUGCCCCCCCGACUGACCCCCCCACCCCCCCGGCCCCCCCCACUGACCCCCCGGCGGGGCCGCGGCUGGGGGACCCCUCCUUGUGCCAAUAAAGGUGGUUGGUGGCCGAUGGAGCCCCAGGG